CGGGGCGAAGGCAGACAUGGAGGAGCUGAGCGCCGUUGGAGAGCAGGUUUUUGACGCGGAAUGCAUUUUAAACAAACGCCUGAGGAAGGGGAAGUUGGAGUUCCUGGUGAAGUGGAGGGGAUGGUCAGCCAAACACAACAGCUGGGAACCCCAAGAAAACAUCCUCGACCCAAGACUGUUAGCGGCGUUUAACAAAAAAGAGCAGGAAAAGGAGCUUCUGUUGCGCAAGAAAGGAAAAAGGCCAAGAGGACGACCACGCAAAAUAAUAGAAAACAUCCCAGAGAUCCCAAAGCCAAGCAGCUCUUCGUCUGGUUCAUCCUCCUCCUCUGAUUCCUCUUCCUCCUGCUCAUCCUCCGACUCCUCAUCAGACGACGAUGAUGACGACAGCAACACGAACCAGGUGAACCCAAGUGUUAGAACUCGGGACCUCCACCCCGUCCCCCAGAAGAAGGCGCAGAUCGUCGUGGCAAAACAGGAGCCCCCCAAGAAAAGAAGCAAGAAACCCGACAUUAAGGAACUCCAGCAGAGCAAAGGCGCUCGCAAAGUCCUGAAGCCGUCGAACGAUACAGACAUUCCAGGAGUGAUCAAGAAGCCCGCUCACCCAUCAAGCUUCACCUUCAUGGGGUUCCACCGGGGCUCGCCUCGGGAUGUCAUGGGGGGUCCGAACAGGAGUUCUCUGACGCAGGGAGGGGCUGUUAAAAACUCAUCGAGUCCUAUGGUAUCUGGGAGGUCGAUCCAGCCUGCCUCGCCGUCCAUGAACAAAUCAAACCAGGGCAAGAACAUCGGCGAGGGUAAACUGUCCGUGUCCAGCGCGAGCGGUGGAACGAGUCUGGAUUUGAAAGCAGCUGCUAGUAAAUCAAAAGGAGUAGCAGCUUUGAAUUUAAAUACUUCCAAACACCCCAUCCAAGGCACUACUCAGCACACACUCAGUUCCCCCAACGGACAAAAGAAACCCCAGAACCCCAUGUCUACACUGCAGCGGAUACCCAAUACUAAAGCGAUGGCAUCCUUACCGUCCAAGAGCGCCUAUUCCAGUCAAGGUCUUCAGCCUCUCAACCUUCAGAACAAGCUUGUACAACGGAACAAUGCUCCUGGAAAUGGAGCUACACCGAUUUCAGGCCAGAAGAACCCAACAAACCCGGCAAGAAAGACUACCACCGGACCAAAUCAGGAGUAUACUCUUCCUAAGAGUCCGGCGACGCCAGGGAGACUUCCUGCCAGGAAGAACCCGCCAGCAGGCGACAAGGUUACAGACACUACCGAAAUCCAGGGCAAACUGGAGAAGAGUGGCACGCAGAAACCCACCGCAGAGAUUCAGACCCAACGGGAGAGAUCUGCCUCCAAAGACGGCAAGAAAGGCAAAAUGAACGACAUGAGCACGGGCGAGGACGAGAGCAGCUCGGAGUCGGACCAGGAUUCUUCAUACACGGGGGCGAUCCAGAGCCAGGACUGGAAGCCGACGAGGAGCCUGAUAGAGCACGUGUUUGUCACGGAUGUCACAGCGAAUCUGGUAACCGUCACGGUCAAGGAGUCGCCGACCAGCGUGGGAUUCUUCAGCAUCCGUAACUACUGAAACUGCAUACCAGAUCAGGUGAACGAGGCGGGUUUUUGAGAGACCGCCACCUAGAAAACUCCUCAAGAAUGGAGAUUAAGUUGCUCUUGGACUUGUUUCAGUCAGAACUAUUUUAGAGUAAAAGGGUCAGAGAAAAGCUGAAACCAGUUUUCGUUUAUUUAUUUGCUCAUUUUCCAAGAAAUGGCCGUAGAGGAAGGACAAUACCCAUCCCAUGGUUGAGUUUGGGAGACAGAUCUCUGUGGUUAUCAGAUUUUUCAUCACUGGGAUCCUGAAGAACAGAAGUUAUUCUUCAUACUAGACAUUUUCAGACACCCAUUCCUUCUUUCCUGUUUAUCUUUUGUUGAUUAUAUAUCUGAUCAGAAGGAACCAUGAGACCAUAGCAUGACCAGGGUAGCAUUUAGUUCGAAGUGUCUCCGUUUUUAUUGGAAUCUCCUAGUCGCUCAUGUAAACUCGUUUUAAUUCUUAGUAUAGUAUUGUUUAUUCUAUUCGAGAAAUUAGCUACCUCUUUUUCCUACGUUUGCUGCAUAUGUAUAUUCAUUUCUCAUGGGAAAGGACAGCCUUUCCCUCCAGGGUAUAUAUCACUGUGUCCUUAUAUAGAGUUAUUUUUAUAUUGCUCUAAAUGUAUUGGACUCUUAUGCUGUAAAAACUUCCUCUAGUACCAGCAAACCAGCAAUGUGUUGUGAAAAAUGCAAUCAAAAGAGACUAAAAAAAUCCAAAGUACCGACUAAAAAGUUCGACAGUGCAGGAUCGGAUUUAGCAUCUCCUGGUUUUCCAAGCGUUAGGCUAACACCGAGGUCAGACUACACAACCCUGUCUGAUAAGAUGGCCGCCGUUCCUGCUGAUUAUCUCAGAACCAUCAGUUUGACUACAGGGUACCUGUACUUAACCUCCCCAGGUUGCUGAAGUGCGUCCGCUGUUCUCUUUUUUUUCCCGUCUGUUGUGGUCAUCGCUGGUCAACACCAGCCAGCGAUGUUCAUGUCAGACUUGGGGAAACGCUCUGCCCUUCUCUGUUCUUUCUUUUUGAACUGUGGAGUCUUUUAAAGCUAGACUGUAAGGUUUUUAGUCAGCGUUAAACCAUCUCUAUCACGGUUGCGUUUCACAGAAAGGGACUAGGGUUGUAUGUUAUUGGAAACGCCUUCUUGCUAUGGGCAUCGUAACUUUUAACCGCUUUUCUCCCUUAUUACUUAAAAUUCAUCCGUGUAACCAAACACUGGUUUACUGAUCAGUUAACAUGCAUUAUGGAGGGCGGUUUCUGUAACCUCCUAAAGCUGAUUGGUAGUCCAGAUUCCAUGUCUGUCACCAGGAUGAUCCAUCCAGCAGAGCAUUAUAGGUCGUUUCCACCAAGCGGUCCAGCUCAGUUCGGUGUGGAAGGGCACAAAUUUUUUUGCGUUUCCGUAGAGCAAAAGUCGGAAAGGGUCCCAGAAACCGACCCGUACCGUCCCACUUUUCAGCACCCUUCCAUAGGGGUGCCAGUCUUACCUAUCCGUACCAAAAAGGUGGAGCUACACACAACAAUAGGGGCUGCACCGACGUCACGUCAGCGCAUGACUCAGCUGCUCGACUCUGGGCUUCAAACACGGAAGUCUGCGCCGUGAGAAACGGCGAAAAAUGGGAGAAAAACGGACAAAUAUCUGCCUAAAGGGGAAAUAUUUGGACAGUUCGUGGAAUAAAACCCUUGAUUUCCAGGACAGACGGGUCCUGGAUCCCUAAGGCUGCCACAGAAUUUCAGUCCUGAUUAUAACGUAGUCUGACCUCGGUAUUGGACGCCGUCUGUCGUGGUUAAGUUUAACUUUGUUCCUGCAUCAGUUUCAGCCAUGAAUGAAUUCACCAGCACCGUUCUCAGAAAUAAAGUCAGUGCUUGUGUCGACACUUCAAGAGUACCAUAAACUAUUUACCUGUUGAUGCUGCCAUCAAAGGCGUCCCAUGAGCCUUUGCGGCAGCCACAGGCUGCUGCGUUUCAGUCGUUGUCAGUAAAGGUAGGGUGUAGUCUUCCCCAGCAGCUUUGUUUGGCACUGACCACAAACUCCACGUUCCCCUCCGUCUGCUCGCUGACUCAAAACAGUGCAGCUUGUUUUUUUUCUACCUGCAGCAGCUGCAGACGCCUCGCUCUCGUUUCACCCCUCCCUCCGCCCCCGUGAGCUGCAGGCCCAGCCCUCCCCGAUGAAAAGAAAAGGUUUUAUCUGAUGUAACUGUAAAGAAACCACAACAACGUUUGCUACUCUGAGCUCCCUGGAGAGGAGUUCAGCAACCCAGCACUUCCACUGAACUCUUCUGAGCAUGCUCUGCAGAGGGAGCACAAAGGCAGAACCCCAAAGAUAGCUCGGAUUACAGGUCGCUCAAUGGGAGGACCCCUACGGUAAAGCACGGAGACGGCCAUCUUUAUUCUCUUUACUGUGGACUGGAAAAAGCUCUGCUGGUAGACUAAACACAAACCUACAGGACGGACAGACACAAGAGGCCUUAAAAAAAACCAAGCAGGAGUCAAAAACUAAAAACACAGGGGUUCCUCCUGCUGAAAUGUCAGAAUAUUUACCUUCAAAAUUCAGAGAAGAGGAUCAGAGUCAGUUUAAAAAGAAGAGAGGAGGUAGAUUUAUUUUAUUCUUCUCUCUGAGGGAAUCUGAAUGUUCACAAUAAAUGUUUUAAGUUGACUUUCAACCUUUUCUCAACAUUUUAAUCGUUUUCCCUUCUCCAUUUUCACCUUGAUGUUUUGACGUUUUUAUGACUUUUUCUAAACUUUAAUCUGGAGUCGACAUUUCGACACAUUUCUGCACGUUUAUUUAAAUUCAUGCAGUUUUCCUCAUCAGGACAGUUACCUAUUUUUACUUACACUCAUCGUUUCUAGAGAGUUAGACUCUUCUUAUUCUUUCUUUUUGUCGACUAAACCUGACAUUUUGAUUUAUUUUUUAACGUUACUUCAACAUUUGAACCCUUUUUCCCUUUAUUUUUCACCUUUUCACAAACUUUUUUCUGAACAUUGUCUUGAAUUAGCAUCGUCACGUGUCUUUUGACUUUUGCUGUAAAUUUUGCAGUUUUCCCCAUCAAGACUUUUCUGGGUUUUUUUUCUGUAUUUUUCUCAGGACAUUUUGACUCUUAUUCUACAGAUCUUCUUGACUUUUCUUUUUUCCUCAACAUUUUGACGUUUUCUGUAAACAUUGACUGUUUUUUCCCACAUCAAGUCCAUUUUUUAAAUAUCAGGUUUUUUUCUGCUGUUUUACUUUUCAGACCGUCUCAGAGUUGACAUUUAUACGUGUUUUUUUCUAGGGCUGCCAAAAUCGAUUCGUUAAUGCAGGUUAAUCCAUCAUCAUGAUUAAUCUGAUUAAAAAUUUAAACACAAUUAACCCCUCUACAGCGCAGAAUGACUCAAAAUCCCUGAAACGUCUCUGGCGAUGCAUUUCGGGCAGUUUGUCCAAGUAGGUUACUGUCGAGCACGCCGCCGCCGCACAUAUGGGCUGUGGAUCCGGUAGCGAUCAACCAAGGAUAUGGAAGACGCUAAACAGCAUGUCGGCCCUCUCGAUGGGAAAUUUGGGUCCAAAAAAACCAAGACAGAACAGUCGACUGAUGUAAAGUAUUAUGCACAUUCUGCAGGAAGGGGUUUUCUUUUCUCCGAAGCACUAAAGCUUAAAAUACCACAUUAACGCGAAGCAUACGAUCGUCAGAGAUUGAGCCUGUUCGCUUAUGCUAAAUGUAAACACGAUUAAUAUAGAUUAAAAAUGAAUAUUCAAUCAUGAUUAAUCAAAAUUAAUCCACAGCAACCCUGUGAUUAAUCUGAUUAAAAUUUUAAUCGUUUGACAGCACUAGUUUUUUCCCUUUUCACAAGAUUUGGACUGUUGUCCUUGGUUUUUUUUUCUGCUUUUUCACUUUUUCCUCAACAUUUUGACGUUUUCGGACUUUUGUCUUAACAUCGAGUUUGUUUUGAUAUUUUUGCUUUCUUAUUGACUAUUUUUCAUUUUGAAUAAUUUCUAAACUAAAUGUCAACAUUUAGACUUUGGUCUUUGACCUUUUCUAUUUUUUCCUCCAUAUUUUGACAGUUUCUUUGAAUGUUGGCUAUUUUCCACAUAAAGAUUAUUUUUUUUAGUUUUUGUUUUUCUGCAUGCUCCGUUUCGCUUUUCUGGUCGAUCUUUUUUCCAUCAUAAGUCUCUUCUGGCUCUUUUUUUUUUCUAGACUUGACCUUUUGACUUAUUUCUAAAUCUUUUCCUAAGAUUUGGACUUUUGUCCUCAACUUUUCUAUAUUUUUGCUUUUCUUCAACUUUUUGACUUUUUUAUACCUUACAUAGUGACCAAUGUGUUUUGUUUUUUUUUUUAUUUUGCCUUUCUCACAUUCUGACAGCGUUAUUCCCCUCAAACCUUUGGCCAUGUUCUUAAUUUUUUAUUGCCAUUGAACUGAUUUCUAACAUUUGAACCUUUUGAUGACUUUUUCACUGUUUUCUCCUCAUUUUGACGUUUUUCUAAAACUGUUGACUAUUUCCCCCCACUAAGAUAUUGGUAUUUAUUUUUCUGCACAUUCUGACUCUGUCUCUAUUCUGACUUUUUCUCUACAUUUUGACUCUGAGAGUUUUUUUUAUUUGAGUGUAAACUGGUUGAUAGUUUCUUCUCCUCUUCGGUCUGAGUCCCUCCAGGUUUUAGGAAUAGAAAUGAAAAACUGGAUCAGACCGAUCUUGCCGUGUGAAAGUCUGCAGGAAGCUGAAAGACUUAAAGCUGAUGAUUGUUUCUAGUGUCUUAACUAACAGAAAAAUCAGUCUCUGUUGGUGUAAACAUGUUUUUAGAUCUACUAACUGCCUCCACUGACAGAUUUCCUCUCUACUAUUUAUUUUAAAUCAGGACCUUCCAGGGUAGACCGUCAUCAUCCUCUGAUUGUGCCGUCUGACUAAUA